AAGGGGAAUGCGUCUUAUUGUGUUUGUACAGAGCAAUGGGCACUACAGACCAUACGCUGCCUGUCUCCCUAUAACCCUGCCCCUACCAUGAAUGAGCAGAAUGGAAUGUGGAAAAAGAACAGAAACAUUCCCAGCUCUCUACCCCGAUUGGCCCCUUCUGGCCAAUCCCCUUCAUCAUUAUCAGAGUCCCCUGGGAGUUGUAGUUCUGCUGCAGGCUGCUGGCUUCGGCGUUGGUGCCGGCACAGACUACACAUCCCAGGAAUCAGCAUUGAGUUGCUCAUUGAAAGCAUUCUCUUACCUUGGCGCACUCACAAUAGGCAUCAGCUGGGGCAGGUGGAGCCAUGGAAGACCGCGAAACUGAUCCCCAAAAGAAGAUCGGGAAAACUGUGUGGAAAUUAUCCAAAGCUGAAAAGAAACAAUCUCAUUUGGCCAAAAAUAUCCUAAUUGUGGGCAAAUCAGAUAAAAGUGUAAAUGUGCCAGAGGCCCCUAAUAAUAACCAGAGGGUGUGCGAUGGGUCCCCGCCGGCUCCGCCAGAGAAAAGCCCCCGGACGUUGCGGGUUCAGCAGAUUGUCCAAGCCAAAAAGUUUCCUUACAGCGUCGUGGGCGAGAAGGUGGAAGAAAAUUCCUUUUACAAAGACGCCGAAGGGAAAGACUCGAAGAACACGCGUUUUUCCUGCGCAGUUUGUCACAAGCGGUUUGCCCAGAAGUCCAACCUGAUCACGCACAUGCGGGUGCAUACGGGGUCCCGGCCCUACGUGUGCACGGAGUGCGGCAAGAGCUUCAGUACCAGCUCCAACGCCGUCACACACCAGCGGGUACACACGGGCGAGCGGCCCUACACCUGCGAGGAGUGCGGCAAGAGCUUCAGCAUCAGCUCCAACCUGGUCACUCACCAGCGGGUACACACCGGGGAGAAACCCUACGGGUGCUCUGACUGUGGCAAAAGCUUCACCCACCGCUCCAACCUGGUUAUACACCAGAGGGGGCACUCGGGAGAGAAACCCUACGCCUGCCUGAAAUGCGGCAAGAACUUCACUCACAGCUCCCACCUGGUGGCGCACCAGAAAAUCCACACGUAAACCAAGCGCCAUUAUCCUGCUAUAUCUGGGUGGGGGCAAGGGUGCUUUUUGCCCCUGAGGUGGCUCCUGCGAUGCCCCCCCCAUGCACUUACCUUUACAGCGCCGGAGGGGGCCCAAGUGCUAGUGUAGGGAGCGCAAUUGCACUCUCGGCACUAGCAGGGACAAAUUACUGGUUUAAAAUCUGGAAAUUCAGCUCUUAAAGUUACCAAGAGCGGCUUUUUGUUGCCCGUAGUAAAUCCGAGGGCGCUACCGCUGCCGCCUUCAGCAGCUGAGUUAUGUCAUGUGAUGCAUUCAAGUAGAAUGAUGGGUAAGUGGGAGGGGCCUAUAACAGUUCAGUUAUAUAACAGGUCCUUAUAUGUAGGUUUAUUUUACCUUCACUUAAAUGAGUGACCCCAUGUGACACAUUCGGAUAGUAUAAUGGGUCAGAGGGCAGGGGGGUGCCCAUCAGAAGAUAUGGGGGUAGCUCUGCAAAGGGCCCAGAAUGUUCCCUAAGUGCUCAUCUUGAUGGUGAUCUGCAGGGUCAGACUGGGCCGGUGGGAAAAAAAACCCAGUGGGAAAAAACCCGGUCCUUGUCCCAAGAACUGAUCCCUGAGUCUGCAGAGUCCCCUCUCCCAACGUGCCUAAGAGGUAAAUAUAAAGUAUGCAGGCUCAGGGAAGGAGGCCGGGGUGGGGGUCCCUUGGGGGGGCAGGCCCCGGUGGGCACCCUCUAGUCCGACCCUGGUGAUCUGACCUGCUAGUGAUCUCACUUCCUGUCCCCGCACCAAGUAGUGCCAGAGAUGCCUAAUGAUUAACCCGUCAGUGUAAAUCCCUUGGACAGGCCGCCUAUAUCACACAUUACAGGCAAGUGGGACUGCCAUACAGAUUGCCUCAUUCUGUGCAGAAUACGCUCUACUGCAUGCGCUUCAGACACCCACCUUACCCACCUUACCCCCACACUGGGUGCUGCCUUAAAGGACCAGUAACACCAAGAAAUGAAAAGAACACAUUUGACAUUAACCAGUUAUUUCUGUCCUUUACAUGUAUAAAAAAAAUAAUUUUUGUUUGGAGCAAAAAGUCCUGUUUUUAUUA